AACCUCUGUAUAACAACGAUUAACACCCACAAGCAAGCAAUGGCUUCCCCGAGUGACGGUAUGAAUGGUGUUACCAAUCAGGGAAAGGUGAUAUACAUCACUGGUGGCAGUAGCGGCAUCGGCCUACACCUAGCGGAGCACCUCCUCUCCAAGGGCUGGCGCGUAGCCAUCUCAGCCCGCCAGGCACAGCGCGGAGAGGAAGCGGCCCGCGCUCUCGACCCGACGGGCAACAAGGUCCUGUUUGUCAAGUGCGACGUGACGUCGUACGAGCAGCAGGCCGCGGCCUUCCUCGCCGUCUGGCAGCGCUGGGGCCGGCUGGACGCCUUUGUGGCCAACGCGGGCGUCACCGACUCGGAGAGCCGGUACAACCUCGUCGGCAAGGCCGAGGCCAAGGUCGAGGACGUGCCGCGCGAGCCCGACACGGCGUGUCUGGACACGGGGCUCAAGGCGGUCGUGCACGGGACGGUGCUGGCGGUGCAUUACAUGCGGCACAACUCGCCCGCGCCGGGAGGGGAGAUCCUCGUGACGGGCAGCGUGUUUUCUGUCUAUCCUGGCCCGGUCUUUCCCGAGUACGCGGCGGCCAAGGCUGGUUCGGCGAACUGGGUCAGGUCGAUGGCUCCGGUGCUGCUUGGCAAGGACAACAUCACCAUCAACGAGAUCUGUCCGGGCCCUUAUAACACGAACAUCAUGCCGGACUUUGACAAGGCGUUUUUGCCGGAGCAUCAUGCAACCAAGGAGGCACUCCUCUACUCGUACCUGAUGUUCCUCGAGGACAACAAGCACGAACAGACGGGCAACGUGGUGGAGGUGGCGCACGACAAGCUGAUCUUCCACCCACCGGCCCCAUUCCUCGGCGGUCCGGCCUCGGAGCGCAUAGGGCAGAACCACGAGCCGUGGUUCGUGGGCGUCCACGGCGAGGCGAGCGGUCUGCCGGGCGCGGUGCUGAGGAAUCACACGGACGAGGAGGUAGCUGCCAGCUGGAAGAAGGUCGCGGACAACAAGGCUAGGGAGGGCGACAUUCCACCCGAGGCAAGAAUAUUUCGCCAGAGGUGGCAUGAGGCGAUUCCAGCAUCUACUGUGUCGAUAGAUGUGUAGCUGGCAGGUUUGUUGAGAGUGAAGUGGUAUGAAGAAGGAUCUAGUAGUCAAUUACAAAGGGAGACAGUCGAGAUGGAUCGAAGAUCUUUCAAGAUAAAAGACCCCAGAGAGGGAUAUGGAAAACAAUGAUCAAUCAAAACUUGCCAUGCG